AUGCCGUUUGGAGCUUUUCCCCCGCAUGUUCGCCGCCGUGUUGCGGUGACGGGCCUCGGGGCCGUGACGCCGCACGGUCUCAGCGUGGCGUCGACAUGGUCAGCGCUGUGCGAGGGCCGUUCCGCCACCCGUGCACUCGCGGAGGUGCCCUUCUUCACCCCCGCUUACAUCGAUGCGCAGCCUGGCGCCACGGCAGCCGCAAAGCAGCAGCGGCGCGAGUUGCUGAUGGCCGCCAUGCCGUGCAAAGUUGCUGCGCCCAUCUGCGCGGCGCCGGGCGAGCCGACGUUUGCCGCCACCUCGCGCGAGACCCGGGCCACGCUUUUCGCCCACCACGCCGUGGAAGAAGCGCUGCUGCAGGCGCGGCUGCUAGACACGAAAGCUGAACGGCUUGUAACGCCAUGUGCGGCGGAGCGCGUCGGAGUCAACAUCGGCGUUGGGAUGCCGUCACUUGCCGAUGUUGGCGACGUCUCGUGCUACCUGUACGCCGACGCCGCGCGUGUACAGUACAGCCGCGUAAAC